UUCAGGGCCUGUUGUGCAUGUGAGCUGCGCCAGUGCGGCGGGCAGAAGAAGGGCGCUGCUUACCUGGCCUCCACUACUGCUGAAUCGUCCUCUCAUGCUGCAUCCUCGCAGCAGCGGUACUACUGGCGACGUGGAACAAUCUCGACGACUGUGUCUGGUCAGAUCAGGUCCCGUCUCCGAUCCGACCAGGUCUGUCUAUCCCUGCGACAUCACACUUGCCUAUGGGGCCUCCAGUCGGCGAUCAGGCGUCUGUCUCGUCCAUUCUUGAUCUCCUUCCUUCGCCGGCCGACAGUGUGCACGAUGUCUUCGACUCACCCAACUGCACAUACGCCACAGCUCCGCUGCAAACGCCCGACCAUCUCAACCCGCUCUCCCGCCUAGACGACAUAAUCAACGAGCUCUCGCCAGAGCCUGGUCUCGUCAAAGCAAUGCCAGUGACCACGCCGCCCAUCGACGACCAAGACCAUCCCAAUAUGAAUCUGCUCGUCGGCGGCGCUUUAGCACCGAUGCCGUCUCACCCGCCAAUAUUGCGUCCUUCCAAGUCAGGUCCUUCUCUGCGGCUCCCUUCAUUCGAUGCACUCGGUAUUGCAGCGCCACAUCCGGACCGCCUAAGCAGACCAGACACUGGAGAGGCGUCGCCAUGCGUCUUGGACGGCACGAUGAAUUUCUCUCCUGACCACGGUUCUUCUGACUUGGACAAGCUUGACGCCCUUUAUGGGUCUCAGCUCACUUCACCACCUGCCUCUCCGCCCAGAGGGCCACACGAGCCCCUCCUGCCACAACGAAUGCCUGGUCCCGCUAUGCCGCCGACUCCACUCCCAAUCGAUGUUGCAUCAUUGACCCCUCCUGUUGAUUCAGGUGACAUCAAGUGGACGAUUCAUGUGCCAGUCGACCACAUCGCAACAGCGCCUCCGUCUGCAGAGCCGCUGAAAUCAUCUCCACAACCUUCAUCCGAAGGAUCGCCCGCAGGUACCAAUGGCGGCGCCGGUACGGUACCAUCGUCAACGACCAAGCACAAUUCAUCUCGUCCUUUGCCUCAGCCAAGUAUCGAUGGCGCUCUUGACGUCCUACUCGACAGCCUGCAGCAUCUGAACAUCCCGAACAACCCACUUCGAGUCCUCUCACACGCCCUACCGAGCCCGUCACCUACCGGACAUUACUAUCCCGCCAUCAUAGAUGCCAUCCACGAACGAACACCCCCGAGUCCUACGGUCUGGAUCAAUGUCUUCCAUGCCAUCCAAGGUCGCUUCAACCUCGCAGACCUGCCGACGUCACCUCCGAGCACUCCUGGUCCACCCACUGGCGGAGACGACUACUUCACACAAAAGGUGUUUGACAGCGCUGUCUCCAUCUCGGACUAUCAGGAAGACCUCUCAUCAUUACCUCGAUCACCACGGCCAGUGGUCCCGCCUUCAUCCAUCAACGUCUCCGUCGUGGAGCGUUAUAUCCCACCAUCGAGCUCGCACGAGUUUUCCCACAUGUUCAAUCUGAAAGGUCCGUCGGUUCUGGUUGACAGACUGGUGGAGCUGUCGCCAGACAACGGCACACUCUUGUUCGUUUACCCGACCCGAGUCGGCGCUCAGACUUUUAUGCAGGACUAUCUCGGACCGCUCUUAGACCCGCUCCUACGUUCAAUUGUCGUUGUCAACGGUCUUUCGUCCGACGUUGGUAGGACUCUGGGCAACAUGCCGGCCGCCAACUCGCUGCCAGACUACGAUCAGCUGCAUAGGCAGAUGAAAACUCUCUGCAACAAACUGUCUCAACGAGGAACCAGUACGGCCGGAUUUCAUGGACAGGACGCCGCCUUCUCACUCGUACAUGCAUCCAAGCAACGGGUGCGCAUCAGUCGUGAGGCGUGGGCAAGCGACUGGUGGGCUAAGCAAGAGAAGCCGCGAAUACGGGAGGUCAUGACCAAGUAUGCGCAGGAGGCGCAGAAGAGGAGCAGCAACGAGCAUAUCGAGAGAGCACCGACUCCGACGGAGUUGAUCCAGCAGCUCCUGGAAGGUGUCUGUAAGAAGCCCUACCCGUCUGGACAGGAGCCGACGGAUGGGAUUGAGGUCAGCGUGUUCAUCAUUAAGCGUGGUGGUCAUUCUCUCUAGCGAGCGAGCGGCCUGGGCAUGAAUAAUAAGCAUGGAUCAAGACGGGAUGAUUUCGAGAAGAACGAACUGAUGCAGUAUGAGCGAUGGUGCAGCGAGCUUCCGCUCGUGUCACGGCUGGAUACCCUUUGAUAUACUUUCUAAUGCGAU